CGCCAUGUUUGUUCCACUUCCGCGCCUCAAUCCCUUCUCUCCUCGCUCGAUCGUUGAAUUGAGUUCGUCGCUUUUGAUCGAUCCGAUCCAAAGUUUCCAAAUUUGGAGCUCCCAUGGCGGAAUCGACGUGGAGCGAGGAGGAGAAGGUCAUGGCGGCGGCCGUCCUUGGCAGGGAGGCGUUCGACUACCUCGCCGCCAGCCGCGCUUCCUUCGAGGGCCUCACCGCCGCUUCCGAGGCCGACCUCCAGAGCCGCCUGAUCGAUCUCGUCGAGCGCCCCCCGGACUGCCCCGGCCUCAGCUGGAACUACGCCAUCUUCUGGCAGAUCUCCCGCGCGAUGACCGGUGACCUCGUCCUCGGCUGGGGCGACGGGUCCUGUCGCGAGCCCCGGGAGGGGGAAGAGGCCGCGUCCGUUUCCUCUUCGGUGAGAUCCUCCGGAGAGGACGAGUCGAGCAGGCACAAGAUGCGGAGGUCCGUUCUCCAGAAGCUCCACGCGUUCUUCGGCGGAUCGGACGAGGACAACUACGCCCUCCGUCUCGAUCAGGUCACUGAAGCCGAGUUGUUCUUCCUCGCGUCGAUGUAUUUCUCCUUUCCGCCGGGGAAGGGCGCGCCAGGUCAGGCACUGGCGGCAGGUAAGCACCUCUGGAUACUGUCCCCUUCCGAUUACUGCUAUAGGGGCUUCUUAGCGGCAUCCGCAGGGUUUCGCACAAUCGUCGUAGUUCCGUUUGAGACCGGUAUCCUCGAAUUGGGAUCCGUUAGAUUGCUAACUGAAAGCCCAGAUGCCUUGCAGAAGAUAAAGUCGGUGUUUUGGGGCAAAAAUCCUGCAGAGAUGCUGCGACCCAGUGAGAAGAUCGAGAAGAAUGGUACAGACACAUGCACGAAGAUCUUCGGAAAGGAGCUUAAUCUUGGGACUUCUAAUGUCAAAGAAAAGAUUUUGGCUGCGAAGGUGGAAGACAAUUCUUGGGAUACAAACUUGAAGAGCGGCAGCACCAACAAUUGGCUGCCAUUUCCUAAUGUUCAAAAGGGAACGCAAAGUUUCAGCUGGAACCAUGUCCGUGGUGCGAAUUCUGACCAUAAGCAGCUUGGUAAUGGCGUCUUGGUCACUAGGAAUGGAGUUGGUAACCAUAGUAAUGGCGAAAGGGGAGAUCAUAUGAAUCAGCACCCGAUCCAGACGAAUCAGCACAAGCCGCAACAAUUGUUGCAGCCAUCUCCAAGGCAGAUUGAUUUUGGUGGAGGUGGAACUUCGAUGGCUGGAGCAAUGAUUGGCAAUAUUGGAACAUUGGAAGGGGAACAAGCAAGCAUCGAGGCUUCUUGCAACGAUGAGAGAGUUGGCCCACUUGACGAGCAGAGGCCAAGGAAGAGGGGAAGGAAACCUGCAAAUGGGAGGGAGGAACCUCUCAAUCAUGUUGAAGCAGAGAGACAGAGAAGGGAAAAGCUUAAUCAGAGGUUCUAUGCUUUGCGUGCGGUGGUGCCGAACAUUUCAAAGAUGGACAAAGCCUCAUUGCUAGGGGAUGCCAUUUCACACAUCACUGAGCUCCAAAAGAGGUUGCAGGAGAUGGAGUCUGAGAAAGAAAGGUUCUUGGAAUCAGGGGUGGUGAAUCAUGAGACUCGAGUGCUUCAUCCUGAGGUUGAUGUGCAAGAGUUGCAUGAUGAGAUGAUUGUGCGAGUUAGCACCCCUUUAAACACUCAUCCUGUUUCUAAAGUUUUUCAAGCUUUAAAAGAUGCACAAAUUGACGUAGCAGAGUCGAAGAUAUCAGGUGGUGACGAGAGUAUACAGCACACUCUCAUCAUCAAAUCACCAAGUUCAGAACAGCAAAUGAAGGAUAAGAUCAUUGCUGCAUUAUCCAAUGACAGGGACUCAACUUAGCAACAAUACAUGUUCUAAAUUAUUAAUGAAUUCUAGUAUUAGUUUAGGUGGUAGAAAAUGUCCUCUCACUUUAUCACCUGGGAUUUUGUUGCCAACUGAGACACAGCUUGCUGUUCGAGGCUAUGUAUCCUCAUGGAAAGCUUGAAUCUUACACUAGAAACAUUUUACUAACUGCACAAUUCAAUUAACCCCAAUGACAGUUAUGUUUCCUAGUAAGAAAAACCUUCUGACUAUGUUAUACUGAUGUAUGUAAUGUACAAUUAUCUUUCAAAGUGUUAUACCCAUUAACUUGGAGUGGACAAUGUUUCUUAUCA